CCAAUACUGAUCGAGUGAGUUUAAUUAAUUUCUUCAGAAUUCAAAAAGAAAAAAAGAAACAAAAACUCAAAAAAUGGCUCCUGACGCAAGCAACGGUAGCUUAGUGGUGGCUCGGGCUGCCGGCCGGCGGGCCUACGUCACGUUUUUGGCCGGCAAUGGAGACUACGUGAAAGGCGUAGUGGGAUUGGUGAAGGGUUUGAGGAAAGUGGGCACGGCGUAUCCGGUUGUGGUGGCGGUUUGGCCAGAUGUUCCGGCGGAGCACCGCCGCUUGCUGGUGGCGCAAGGCUGCAUUGUCCGUGAAAUCGAGCCCUUAUACCCUUCCCAGGACUUCCAGCUUCCGUUUGCUCGCCAAUAUUACGUUCUCAAUUAUUCUAAACUCCAAUUUUGGCAGUUUACGGAGUAUAGCAAAAUGGUAUACUUAGACUCGGACAUGCAAGUUUUCGAAAACAUAGAUCAUCUGUUUGAUCUGGCGGAUGGGUACUUUUACGCAGUGGCGGACUGUGUUUGUGAGGAGCAUGGAGAGCCGUGCCAGGAGAUAUUGCCAUGGCCUACAGCCUUGGGACCAAGGCCCCCCAUGUAUUUCAAUGGAGGCAUGUUUAUGUUUCAACCAAAUAUGUCCACAUACACUCGUCUCCUCAACGACUUCAAACUCACCCCUCCAACCGCAUUUGCUGAGCAGGAUUUCUUAAACAUGUUCUUCAGAGAUGAGUACAAGCCUCUCCCGUACGUUUACAAUAUGUUGGUGAAUAUGGUGUGGCGGCACCCGGACAAAGUGGAGCUGAGCAAAGCCAAGGUGGUUCAUUAUUGCGUGGACGGCGCGAAGCCGUGGAGGUACACAGGCAAGGAAAACAACAUGGGGAGAGAGGAGAUGAAGAUGCUGGUGAAGAAAUGGUGGGAGAUUUACAAUGAUCCGAGCUUGGAUUACAAAUACAAGCAGAGAGGCAGUGUUUAUGAGCUAGCAGGGGGUGCAGCACAUGAAGUGGCUAGAUUCUCUAACACCGGAAACCUCACUCAACCUCGAUAUGUUAAAGGCCCACCGGCAGCUUAGCGAUGCCGAGGUUCAGUUUCUCCUCCUCCUCCUCCUUUUGUGUGAAGAAUAAUAGGUCGCUAGUAAGGCAGCUUCCAAUAAGGAAGAAGAGAGAAUGGUUUCCCCAUAAAGAAUAUAUAUACAUAUAUAGGUUAUAGUUUUUGUGGUGUCACUGUGCCUUGGUUUCCAAAAUAAGAAACAACUGUGUAAGUGUAUAGUUUACCUCUCACUUUCCAAACAGCGAAUCUAUAUUUUGGAGUAAGGCACGGUUUAAAAACCCUUUAGGUUUCAAGUGUUGUGGCUUGUGGUUUAGAAUAAGUUCAAAGUAAUAUAGUGCCGGUGUGUAAUAUUAUCUCUUUGUAGAUAUGAAAACCUAAAAUGUUGAUGUUUGUAAAAAAAAAAAAUGCAACUACU